CUUCUCCCAACCAGGGCACGGCGGCCUUUGCUGAGGGAGCAUACUUGACGCCUGGCGGCGGCGGUGGCCAUGACGGUGGCGGGUCCUUGGCCUCGCGCGGGACCCUCUUCUGUUGUUGGGCUGCGCGGAGCGGCCAAGGGGGCCUUCUCUUGACGGCAGGGCACAGGUGUUUAUUUUGUUCUGCUGUUUUCACGUGAAAUCAAAAUGCCAAUAAAACCAGAUCUCCAGCAGUUGGAAAAAUGCAUUGAUGAUGCAUUAAGGAAAAAUGAUUUCAAGGCUUUGAAAACACUUUUACAAAUUGAUAUUUGUGAAGAUGUGACGAUUAGAUGCAGCAAACAGUUUUUCCACAAGUUGGAUGACCUUAUGUCCAGGGAACUUAAUAAAAAGGAUAUUCAGACUAUUUCAAUCAUUUUGGUUUCUAUUGGAAAAUGCGGCAAAAAUAUCAGCAUAUUAGGACAACCUGGACUUCCUACCAUGAUAAAACAAGGACUAGUCCAAAAGAUGGUUGUAUGGUUUGAAAAAUCCAAGGAGAUUAUUCUAAGUCAAGGAAAUUCAAAAGACGGCGCUGUUAUAAAUAUGAUAGAAGACUUAUUUGAUCUUUUUAUGGUCAUACAUGACGUCAGUGAUGAAGGUAAAAGGCAAAUAGUGAAAAAUUUCAUACCUCGAAUUUGUGCCUUGGUUAUUGAUUCAAGAGUGAAUAUUUGUUUUCAGCAGGAGACUUUAAAAAAAAUGAAUGCUAUGCUUGAAAACAUGUCUCAAGAUGCCAGGAAAAUACUUUCUAACCAAGAAAUGUUAACUCUCAUGAGUAGUAUGGGAGAAAGGAUUUUAGAUGCUGGAGAUUAUGACUUGCAGGUAGGCAUUGUGGAAGCUUUAUGUAGAAUGACCACAGAAAAACAAAGACAACAACUGGCACAUCAGUGGUUUUCAAUGGAUUUUAUUGCUAAUGCAUUUAAAGAAAUUAAAGACUGUGAAUUUGAAACAGAUUGCAGGAUAUUUCUCAACCUUGUAAAUGGCAUGCUUGGAGAUAUGAGAAGGGUCUUUACAUUUCCUUGUUUGUCAGCAUUUCUUGAUAAAUAUGAGCUGCAAAUACCAUCGGAUGAAAAACUUGAAGACUUUUGGAUUGAUUUUAAUCUUGGGAGCCAGACUCUGUCAUUCUACAUUGCUGGAGAUGAUGAUCAUCAAUGGGAAGCAGUCACUGUGCCUGAGGAAAAAGUACAAAUGUACAGUGUUGAAGUGAGAGAAUCAAAGAAGCUACUGACUAUAAUUCUGAAAAAUAUAGUAAAAAUUAGUAAAAGAGAAGGGAAAGAACUGCUUUUGUAUUUUGACACAUCAUUAGAAAUCACUAAUGUGGUUGAAAAAAUUUUUGGUGCCAGUAAAUAUAGGGAAUUUUCAAGAAAACAAGGUGUUUCCGUUGCCAAAACAUCUGUGCAUGUACUUUUUGAUGCAAGUGGAUCACAGAUUCUCGUGCCAGAAAGUCAGUUCUCAAACGUUGAAGAAGAACUCAUUAGUUUAAAAGAAAAAUCUCACCCCCCAGAGGAAUUUGCUAACCCUCCAAAAUGUAUCCGUAACCGAGGGGACAGAAAAAAUUGUCAGCCCGAGAUAAAUACUCCUAGCAAAAGAAAAAUGUCUGAAGCAUCAAUGAUUGUUCCUGGUGCAGAUAGAUACACUGUGAGAAGUCCAGUACUUUUAAUCAACACAUCAACUCAACGAAGAAGAAUUAAACCACCACUCCAAAUGAUGAGUUCUGCAGAAAAAGUUGAUAUUUCUAAAACAUUAGAAAAUGGAAUGGAUAAUGCUGUAUCAUGUAAAUCUAGACCAUCUGAAGAAAGAAGCAGAAGAGCUAAUACAGAUAAACAUAACAAAACUGCUAAAGUUGUAGAAGAGACACAAAAUAAGGACAUUGGAUUCCAAAACCAAAAUUUAAAUGAACUCCAGGAUUUUGGUCCUGAUACAAAAGCAGAGGGAGAAAUAGAUAAGCCUGGAUUUCCUUGUGUUUUAGACAAUAACUGUGAAAAUAAAAUCCACUCCAAAUGGGCUUGUUGGACACCUGUGUCAACUAUUAAACUGUGUAAUAACCAAAGAACCAGUACUUCAUCAGGAGACACAUUUAAUCAAGGUAUUGGUAUCAAUAAAAAACAUACUAAACAAAAAUCAUCCUCUUCAAUAUCAGAUUAUGAUUCUGAAGAAACAGGAAAGGGAAAAUAUAAGAAAGAAAUAGUGGAACGUAACAAAAUAGAUAAAUCGGAAGUUUGCAAAAGAAACAGUCAACAACAAAAUCAUCCUAAAUAUUCAGUGCAGAAAAAUACUGAAAAUACCAAGCAGAGUGAUUGGCAUGUUGAAUCUGAAACUACUUUUAAAUCAGUUCUCCUAAAUAAGACAGUUGAAGAAUCUCUGAUCUAUAGUAAGAAAUACAUAUUGUCAAAAGAUAUGAAUGCUGCUAUUUGUGAUAGAAGCCCUUCUAGAAAAAAUAUGAGAAGUCAGAGAAAAUCAGAGGGAGAAGUGACUUCUGAACUUGAUUCCUCAGAUUUGAAACAAAAAAUGAGAGAGAAGUCAAAAGGGAAGGGGUUUACUGAUGCAGCAGAAUCCUUGAUAAACCAAAUUAAUAAGAGAUACAAACCAAAAGAUGACAUAAAGCCAACGAGAAAAUUGAAGGAGUCUUCGAUUGACAGUGUUUUUUUAAACAAGUCUGACCUACAACUCAGUAAGGAAAAAAUUCAGAAAAAAAGUUACAGAAAGCUGAAGACUACUUUGGGUAAUGUUACUUCUGAAUGCCCAUUGAAUGAUGUCUACAAUUUUAAUUUGAGUGGAGCUGAUGAGCCUAUUAUAAAACUUGGAAUCCAAGAAUUUCAAGAAACAGCUAGAGAACCCUGCAUGGAUAAUUCAGUGAAACUGGUAGAUUUAAGGAAUCAUGAUGAACUUGAACCACCUUUCAAAAGGAAAGAUAAAAGGAUUAUAGCAAAUCAGAAAAAGAAGAUCUUUAGUGAUACCGAGACGGAAUAUAAAUGUGAUGACAGCAAGACUGAUGUUAGCUGGCUAAGAGAAACAAAGUCGAAACCACAGCUGAUUGACUAUAGCAGAAAUAAAAAUGUGAAGAAAUAUAAAAGUAGGAGAUCAAGACCAUCUUUGGAUAAGGGACAACCAAGAUCUAAAAUGGCACCCAGUAAAAACAUCAUCAAAAAGGUAGAUGAGACUGUUCCAGAUGGGAGAACCAGACUCCCACGAAGAGCAACAAGAACCAAAAAAAAUUAUAAAGAUCUCUCAAAUUCAGAAUCUGAGAGUGAGCAAGAAUCUGCACAUUCAUUUAAAGAAAAAUUGCUAGUAAAGGAGGAGAACCACUCCAGAACCAAAAACAUGAAACUACCAAAGAAACAACAGAAAGUCAUCUUGGCUGAAACACAAAAAGAACUAUCAAAAAUCCAGAAAAAUUCAUCACUACUAAAAGAUACUAUAAAUGAUAAUAACCUUGACUUAUCUCCUGUAUCUUUAGCUGGGAGUCCAUCAUCUAUAGAAGUAAUGAGAUGUGUGGACAAAAUAACAGAAAAUGAUUCUACUCAGGAGUAUGACUGCAUAACAAAGUCUCUAUCCCCUUAUCCAAAAACUUCAUCACCCAGAUCUUUAAACAGUGACAGUAGAGUUAGAGGUCCAGUAAACUCACCCAGAAACAAUGGGACGAACUUAAUAUGUGCAAGUGUAAGUUGCUCACCAAUUCCACCACCUCUGCUUUUGCCCAGUCAUACUCCAAGAAAGAAUAAUACUGUUGUGAAUAAAGAAAACAUAAAUUCUGUGGUACUUACACAAGAAACGCAAAAUUGUAACAGCUAUUCAGAUAUAAGCAGUUAUACCUCAGAAAAACAGUUUAUGGAAAUUGAAUCUCCAAGUAUCAAUGAAAAUCAUAUGGAAAGCAAAAGAGAGGAAAGCCAUUUAGCAUCUUCAUUAUCCAUGUCCAGUGAAGGAAGAGAGAAAAUACACUUUGGCAUGACUCAUGACACUACUCAGAUAUCAGGCCUCACUCAACAUCUUAGUUGCAAACGAAUGUAUAUAGAAGAUAAUCUAAGUAAUUCCAAUGAAGUGAAAGUGGAAGAACUAAGGAGCAUACACUUGCUUCCCAAAAGACUCUGUAAAACUGAAGAUACAGAUCAUCACACCCGCAAAAUGUUUGAAAGUUUAUCUCCAUUAUCAACAAAUGAUUGUUUUAUUCCUGAGAACUGGAAAAAUAACCUUCCAGGUGUAGGCAUGAUUUGUGAGAAGCUUAAUUCCCAGUUUAAAAGGAAGAUUCAUAUCCGACAUAAAAUGACAGAUUACUUUACUAAGCAGUCUUGGACAACAGUUCAACAGCAUGUGAAAACAAUGAACCAUCAAAUUCAGGAGUAUAGGAUUAAAAAACUUGAUAAAUUCCAGAUGAACAUCAUAGAAGAGCUGGAGAAUUUUGAAAAAGAUUCACAAUCUUUAAAAGAUUUGGAGAAGGAAUUUGUGGACUUUUGGGAAAAGAUACAUCAGCAGUUCAGAGAAUAUCAGAGAAGUGAAGGGCAGAGGCUUCAUCUUUUGAAAACUUCAUUGGAUAAAAAUGUCUUCUAUAAAUCUGAUCAUGAAGAAACUGUUUUUACAUCAGAGGUGGGCUCGAUGAAAGAAAAUUUGAAAAUGCUGCAAGAGAGGCUUCUUUUGGAAAUGGCAACCAACCUAAGAUACAGAAUACCCUCCUUCACAUUUUGGACAACAUGUGUUUGCCUGGAAUUUAUACUACCAGGGAAUAUUUCAAAUCUGAACCCACCUACAGAGCGACUGACUCUCUUUUGAAAGAAACCCAAGUCUCUCACUGAAGUUGGCUUUGCUUGGUGAGUUGUGACUGUUAACAUCCAAGCUGUGCUCACACUUACACUUGGAAACUAAAGAUAGACCAGAGUGCUGAGCUAUAGUAUACAAUGUACACCUUGCCCUAGGACACAGAAUGUCUGUCCUAUUUCUGUGCUCUCUGUUGCUAAACAAAGCCUCUUGUCUCUGACCUGAAGGAACUCCAUUCCUAGGAAAAAGGUCUCAACCAUCAGCACUCCUAGAAACACUGCCAGGUUUUGGAAGGGGAGAUCCUACUAUUUGAGGUUAACAUAAUUUCACAUUAUCUGCCUUUGUUUAGAAAAAUAAGAUACAGUUCAAAUAUACAUUUGGGAGAUUGGUUAUAUGGGUGUUUGUCAGCAAUUAUACUUCUCAUUGAUUCUCUUUAAAGAGUCAUCUUUCUUGGAUUAGGGCAUUUUAGAAAAGAAAACCCUAUUAUGUGCUCAGUUCUUUAGUCACAUGAAAAACCAGAAGAAACUGUACUUGUAAGCUAUAAUGAAGUGGAUGAUACAGUUAGAAAAAAGCUGCAAAACAUAUAUAAGGCCAGCUAUGAGAGAAAUAAUAAUAUGAAAGUAAUUCUUUAUAUUUCUUAAAAAUAGUUCAUGGAGGAAUCCCAGGAUCAGACUUCAUGUGGAAAUGAACAAGCAAAAUUAGAUCAUUUUUUGGUGUGUGAAAAUGUCAUCAUCAUUACUAAGGUCAUACACAGCAGGGCUUUUGGAAAGUGCCUGUCUAUAUGCUUUUUUUGUUUGGAGAGCUCUGUCAGACCCCUGCUCUAAAUAUUCCUGUUGGCCUGUGCUCACAGACCUCUCUCUCUGAGCUACCCUUAAUGAGGUUUGUAAAUCAACCUUACAUAAGACAAAGGAUCCAUUAUCAGGACUUCUGUACCCACGUUUUCUGGAAGUAACUCCAGUAGCUUGGACAAUUAUACAUGAGUCUUCCAUAGAUGUUCAGAAAUGUAUUAUUGCAUCUGAUAUAGUGGUUAAGAACACAGGUAAUAGAGUGAAGCAAACCUGAAGUUGAACUCUGGCACUGUCCUCUUGCUGAUAUCAACAAUAUUCAUUUGUUAAAAUGUCAUGUUUCCUCUCAGUGUCUUAGCUGCUUUACUAGUAAAAUUUACAGAUUUGUUGUAGAUUAAAUUAGGGAACAUAAUCCAAGCACUGAGUAUACUGCCCGACACAGACUGGGCCCCAUAAAGAAUUAGUUGUAUUACCAUCAUAUAGAACAACCUAAUUACAUUCAUGAAUACACAGCAGAGUUCUGAGUGUUCUCAGAUAUAACUGCAGUUAGUCACGAGUUCUGACCUGAAGGGAAGCAAAUACAAAGUGAUCAUAUUAUCGGAUUUUAUUAUAUAAGCAAAAUGCAAUGUAGUAUGAGUGCUUGAUGCCUCAUGUGUCAAGAGCCUGUGACUGUGAUAUUUUAUACUGGACUUUAUAUGGUUACCUUAUUCUUAUUUACACAGAAAGCAAGGAAACAAAACACACACCCAGCACAAACCUAGUAGCAGUUUCAGGUCCUCCCACUCAGGACACUUGAGAAGACUUUUGAGUGAAGGACAAAUCUGGUUCACUGGUGAAGGUACAUUGUUUAUGGCAGGAUUGCUAUGGCCACUACAGAGAAAAUCCAUUUCCCUUCUGUGCACUAAAGGUGAAUGCAGUUCCAAUUAUCCACUUUGAUUAAGCACAGUUCUAUUUUUAAGGCUUCAAUAUUUAUUUGCAAAGAAUAACACAAUGAGAAGCACUUGUGGGUAAGAGGAUCUGACUGCCCACCAUAGAAAGGAAGAGGCUACCAUUGAAAAAUGUUUUCCAGGUUAACAGCCCAGGCAGUAGUAGUCUCUUCCUGUUUGGGGCAGCAGACUGUUGCAGUGUGGUACUUCUCAAGUCUUGAACUUGCCUUCAAGUCUAGACCACUACUUUUAAUGGCAUCUAUAACUUACAAGCUUUAUAAUCAGUGGGUUUUAUUUUUUUAAAUCCAAAUAUUGAAAAAGUCAAC